CACCACGGGCAGUUUCGAAAUUCCGGCGAGCCCUACGUCGUGCACUGCGUCGAAGCCGCGAGGAUAAUGGCCGCGCUGUUGCCUCCGGACGUGAACGGCAAGAAGAAGUACGUGGACGCCGUCGUCGCGUGCAUCUUACACGACGUCGUGGACGACACGGAGUGCGCGAUCGAGGACGUCGAGGCGGAGUUCGGGUCCACGGUCGCGAAGCUCGUGACGGACGUCUCCAAGCUCGGAAACGACGAAGACCGCGGCAGGAUGGACACCGAGGAGCUCGUGAAGCUCAAGAAGCUCCUGCUCUUCAUGGUGGACGACCCGCGCGUGUUUUUAAUAAAGGUGGCGGACCGGCUCCACAACAUGCGGACGAUGUACGCGGUGAAACCCGAGAAGGCGCGGUUCGUCGCGAACGAGACGCUUCAGGUGUGGUGCCCCGUCUCCGAGGCGCUCGGGCUGUUGGGCGCGAACGCGGAGAUGGAGGACCUCGCGUUCGCGGUGAAGGACCCGGACGCGUUUCGAGCGAUCAUCAACGCGCGGGCGUCGCUCAACGCGCUCGCUUCCUGCCGCGACGCGUGCAUGCGCUCGCUCCAGCUCGACGCGAUCGCCCCGGGCCUCCGCGUGGACAUCACGGGGAGGUUAAAAUCCGCGUAUUCGACGCACCUGAAGAUGGCGAGGAAGAAGAUCCCGUUCGGCGCGGUGUGCGACGCGCGCGCGCUGCGCGUCGUCAUCGGCGAGCCGGGCCCCGCGCCCGGGACGAAGGACGAGGUCGAGGCGUGUUUUGUGCUUCUAGAGGCGAUCCACAAGCUGUACCGCCCCGUCCCCGGGGAGUACGACGACUACGUCACCAACGUCAAGGCGUCCGGGUAUCAGUCGCUGCACACGGCGGUGACGGGUCCGGACGGCGCGCUGCUCGAGGUGCAAGUGCGCACGCGCGCGAUGCACGACGCCGCGGAGUUUGGCGACGCCGCGCACUGGAUAUACAAGGAC